AUGCGCGGAGAGCAACGACCAGACACUCACUCAGAGGGUGAGAAAUAUGGUACUCCAAGGGGAUAUGAUCCGCAUUUCAGAGGACCCGUUGUCAACAGGAGUUGUACAGAUGUGCUGUGCUGCAUGAUCUUCAUACUGUUCAUUAUGGCCUACAUUCUUUUAGGACUUGCAGCCUGGGUCAAUGGUGACCCCAGAAGAGUGGCCUAUCCUACAGACAGCCAGGGCUACUUUUGUGGCCAGAAGGGCACCCCCAAUGAGAACAAGUCCAUUUUGUUUUAUUUUAACCUGCUCACCUGUACCAGUCCCUCCGUGGUGGUAAACCUACAGUGCCCUACCACACAGAUCUGUGUCUCCAAGUGCCCAGAAAGAUUCUUAACUUACAUGGAAAUACAAUUUAAGUACAAAAAUGACAGUAAAUACUGGACAUACUACAGCCAGUUCUGCCGGACUACUUUUCUUAAGCCUGUGGAGACUCUCUCACAAGUUUUACUGGAUAAUGAUUGUCCAUCAGCGAUUUAUCCAAGCAAACCUUUUCUCCAGAGAUGUUUCCCAGACUUCUCUACUAAAAAUGGCACUUUAACAGUAGGAAAUAAGACAAUAUUUGAUGAUGGAAGUGGAAAGACAAGAAAUGCUGCAGAACUCAGAAUAGCUGCAAAUGGUAUCAAUAAAGCCCUUGAUGCAAGGGCAAUUGGAGUGAAGGUGUUUGAAGACUAUGCAACAACAUGGUAUUGGAUUCUCAUUGGCCUGACUAUUGCCAUGCUCCUCAGCUGGAUGUUUGUGAUGCUCCUGAGGUUCACAGCUGGAUUGCUUUUCUGGAUCUUCACCUUUGGUGUGAUUGGAAUCAUAGCUUAUGGAAUAUGGCGCUGUUACCUAGAAUACAGCCGUCUUCAGGAACAUCCAGGUUCUCAGUUAAAUGUAUAUACCAUUGGGAUUCAGACUGACAUAAGCAUGUACUUUCGCCUGAAACAAACAUGGUUCGCACUUAUGGUAAUACUCUGCCUCCUUGAACUGUUCAUCAUCCUCAUGCUGAUCUUCCUCAGGGACCGAAUCCGUAUCUCCAUCGCCCUGCUGAAGGAGGGGAGCAAAGCCAUUGGAUACAUCCCUAGUACUUUAAUUUAUCCAGCUUUAACUUUCUUUUUCCUCUCAGUCUGCAUUUCCUACUGGGCUGUGGUAGCACUUUACUUGGCUACAUCAGGGGCACCUAUAUACAAAGUCAUAGCCCCACAGGGGCGAUGUGAACAUGAAAAUAAAACCUGUGACCCAGUGGAUUUUAAUACAACUGAAAUUGCCAAAGCUUGCCCUGGGGCUCAGUGUCAUUUUGCUUUCUAUGGUGGAAAGAGCCUAUAUCAUCAAUACAUCACUACCUUCCAGUUACUCAAUCUAUUCGUCUUUCUCUGGCUUAUAAACUUUGUCAUUGCAUUGGGUCAGUGUGCCCUUGCUGGUGCCUUUGCUUCUUAUUAUUGGGCCUUGAAGAAACCUGAUGACAUCCCACCCUAUCCACUUUUUACUGCAUUUGGACGAGCCAUAAGAUAUCACACAGGAUCCCUAGCAUUUGGAUCUUUAAUUCUUGCAAUAAUUCAAAUGUUCAGAUUAAUCCUAGAAUACAUGGACAAACGUCUUCAAAAGGCCCAGAGCAACAUUUCUAAAUUCCUAAAAUGCUGCCUGAGAUGCUGUUUCUGGUGUUUGGAAAAGGCAGUAAAGUUUUUGAACAGAAAUGCCUAUGUUAUGAUGGCAAUAUACGGCAAAAACUUCUGCAAGUCAGCAAGAGAUGCUUUCAAUCUGCUGAUGAGAAAUAUUUUAAAAAUUGCAGUUAUGGAUAGAGUGACAGACUUUGUACUAAUCCUGGGGAAGAUUCUAGUUGCUGGGUGUAUAGGUGUCCUGGCCUUUUUACUUUUCACCGAAAGACUCCCAGUGAUUAUAGAAGGACCAACAUCUUUAAAUUACUACUGGGUACCUUUGCUGACAGUGAUUGUUGGAUCUUACAUAAUUGCACAUGGAUUCUUCAGCGUCUAUGCAAUGUGUAUUGAAACAAUUUUCAUCUGCUUCUUGGAAGAUUUAGAGAGAAACGAUGGUUCUGCUGAAAGACCCUAUUACAUGAGUCAGUCUCUGAUGAAGAUUAUGAACAAGCGAAAUGUAGAAACCGAGAAGCAGUAG